UUGAUUCACAGACUUGACAUUCAAUUAGACUCGAGUAAUGUUUAAAUAAAACAAUAGAUUUAACCGAUGAUCCGAAACAUUCAGAAGAUGUUUGACUCGCCUUUGGCCAUCGAAGUUGGGCUUCUAAAACUAGAGCGCUCAAAGAUGUCGAAACUCAAAGAUGAUAAAAGCUUGUAUGAUUAUUUGAUUGUUAAAGUAUCUUCGGAGCUUAAAGCGAAACAACUUCUCUUCAAAAUUUUCUGUUGGUCUAGAGCUGUUGCCAAAAAUCUAGACUAUCGUUUGGUAAUGGUUAAAUAUGGUGGCCUGAAGGUGGCAUCCGAAAUUGAGUUAAGUUCGAAGCUCUUCAAAGUAGACGAUAAAGUUAAAUUUGUAGUCCCCCCGAUAUCUUCCAAAAAUAAGGUUUACUUAGACGCUGCACGUAAUUUAGCGGCGUCUUGUGAAAAACCUGGAAGAAAUGAGUCCGAUGCUGAACGAACAAUUCAAAUCCAAAGCGAUACUAGCAAUGCUAGUAGAACUAGGACAGCAGAUCUUGAUAAGGAUUUUCUGCAAUCAGCCAUGAAACAAUUACUUUGGGAAAAGUUUAUUUCGAGUUUGGAUAACCAGAAAAUUGAAAACGAGCCUUGUGUUAACAAUAUUGAUUCCGAAAAAUCAGUGCAAUGCCGUGAUCAGUACGACUUCGGUGAUUUAAUUGGAGUUUCAUCAAUUGAAAACAGCGAAGUAAAUAUUGAAAGUUCGAAAGUUUUAUAUCCAGAAACUGCAUCUCAACCUUGCAGUCCCCAUUCUGGAACUAGCUCGUCAACUUUAUCAGUUGAUGAAAAUUCAAACAACAGUGUAGCGACAACUUGUCGACGAAAGUUGAUAAAUUUUGAAAAAAUCCGUACCAGGAAUCAAGGCAGAGUUGAAGACCCUCAUAUUCCUGAAAACGUACCUAUCGCUGAGCUUGCCGAUGACUCAGGAAUUGAAAUAUCGUCUCAAUGCGGCAACGUUUUUUGUAACAUGGGUUGUGUUUGUGAUACACUAUUAACUGUUUUUGCUCGUGAUGACAGCUGUGGUCUAAGUGAAUGUGUAUUUCAUUGUUCUUGCACGCCUGUUUUUCUAAGUAGUGGUGGUGUUUCAUCAGAUGAAGCACCCGUUGUCGCAUUUGUCGCUCAAAGACCGAAGAGAAAUGUUCGUCCACCUUCUAAAAUUCGCGAUUUUGCAGUCGUAACAAAUUUCAAUAAACGACCAGGACCUCUAUUGAACCAUGAAGUAACAAUCAAAAAGAAGCGAAUGUCGCUGCUAGAUCACGAGAAACUUACAAGCGACGGCAGUGAUACUCCGGAUGUUCUUCGUAUGAAAAAUAAUUUACAGAAAAUAAUUGCUAAGAAAGAUGCCGCAUCCAAAAGAGAGCCCUUGUUUUCGAAUUCUAUCUUGCCAGCAAAAGAAGAGAAACGAGUCAAAACUACCUCUAAAGCGGAAAAAACUAGUGCGAAAAUGGAAGAAACUGAGCCUGGAAAAAAGUUAAAUGCGAAAAUAAACAACGUUAAAAAGCAACCGAAGAAUAGUGCGAAGAAAAUCGACAAAGUUAUCGAAACUUCCAACAGCCAUUUACAAAAUUGGUUGAUUCGAAGACAGCUGUCCGACAAAAGUGGCAUUGUUGCGUCGAAACGAAUAAAAGCUCAGAAAAUACUCGCUCAGGCUUCGCCGUUCGUUACCCCUGUUAAAAAUCAGCCAAUCUCCAAUGAUCAGACCAAAAAGUCUCCCAGUAAAGCAAGACAAAGUCUCAGAUUUGAGAAUAAAAGACAAGGAAUUCGAAAUAACCGAUCAACUGCUAUUCUACGAUCAAAUAAAGCUGUCGCAAAACAACCGUUCAAGGGUACUAAAAAGCAUCCCGGAAAAACCAAAACCCGAAGUACCACAAAGCCGAAAAUGACUCCUCAGACCAAGGAGAAGUCUGAACUUAAAGUAGCACAACCUCUAAAGCGUCGAAAAAUCGAGAAAAUGGUGAAAAAUUUAUCAGAUGAGGAAGAUCAUGUCGACUUAUUUUUGGACGCUUCUGACGAAGAAGACGAUAACCUGCCUUUACUUUAUAGCAAAACUCUCUCGCAGUUUUCAUCAAGCAGCAUGCCAUCAGAAGAUGAUAGUGUUAUUAAACGGCCAGAAAAUGAAAACGAAUUUCUCGAUAAAAAAUUGAGUGCUUCUGCAGCGCCUGAAGUUAAAGCUGUUGAUAAAAGACCACGUGAAAGCUCGAAAUCAGAAGAAUCGUCGAACUCCCGUUCCGAUCAUUUCUGUGAUAAAUUACAUAAUAUGGCGAUGCGAUGCGACAGCUUAGUCAAAGCUCCCGAAAUGUUUAUAAAACCCACAGCAAAUCAAACUUCACAGUUUGCUGAAAUAUAUACAAAUUCAAGAAGCACGAUAGAAAGUAAAAAUUUGAACGAAUACAGUGAAAAUCCGAUUAGAAAUGACGGUAUUAAUUUUCCAAAUGAGGAAACAGUAAGCGACAGUUUCGAGAAAAAGUACCCUUUCAUGGCAAGAGCCCCCCCGCAGACAACGGAAGAACGAAUGAAAUGCGCUCGUGUUGAUUCGACUAAUUUUCUUCUCACUUGUGCUAGAUGCAGACCUGUGAGCGAGCGCUAUUUUAUGAAGAACGCCAUUCGAGCUCAACAAAAUGAAAUUUUGAUGAAGUGGCGUGAGAAAGUUACCGAUAAUAAUGCUAAUGCUUCUAUGAACUGCGUGUUAGAUUCUGACAGCGAGUCGAAUCCAGGUGAUACUUUGGGCCAGUUUGACUCUUUGAGUGAAGAGUCUAAAAGCUCACUUGCCGAGUUCAAAUCCACGUAUGUUUAUCUAAACGGAAACCGAGUCGAAAUUUUUAGCAAUUGCAACUGGAGUUCGAAAAAACUGAAAAUUUACGAAACGGUUUUGAAACAAAUGGAUGACCCCAAAUUACACAAAUGUCGCUUUGGUGUGUUUUGGGUCGAAAUUGUGGAUAAUUUGCAGAAAGGCAGACGCGGGAAAUUGAGACACGAUUUCGAUAAUAUUCGUAAAACUGUGGUUAUUAGAAUGAAAUCGGCUGUCGAAGCAUCAAGUAACUACAACAUUGACGAAAGUAAUAGCGCAGAAACUAGUAAAAAUAGUGAACACAAUGCUAAUGUCCUGCCUUUUAGUCAAAAAUCAGAAGAAAUCUACCGUAUGGCGAGCAUAUCGAAUAACCAGAAGUAUGUAAAAUUGUCGCCAAAAGACUUCUUGAAUACUGACCAGUCGUUGAAAGCAGACAAACGAUUGACAAAGAUGGAAUGCACCGAAACUGCAACUUACACACCAGAAGCAAAAAAGGAAAAUACAGAUGAAAAAAUGAUAAGUCAACAAGUAGAGAACAACAAGAUUUCUUCAGAUUCAAACAGUGAUGUACCCAAACCACGGAAGCUAAUUGUUCUUUCAAAAAAGGACGAUUUUGCUAAAAUUGCUAGAAAACAGAGCUCAAUUCCAGUUGGUUUGAGCAACCAAGAUUUGAUUAAAAUGCAGAAAGAUAGUAUGGUUAGUGCGCUUGAUCAAUCUAUGGCAUGUGACGAAACUUUUGACCAUAGUGGGUACACUUUCGGAGGGGUUCAUCCUCAAGUCAGCUCAUCGUCGGGAAAAAGUUUGCAAACAACAUUAGGCGAAACAGCAAAUUUGGUUUCAAUAGAGAAAUCUUCAAAAUCGAUAUCCAAUUCUAGAGUUGCGGCUCGUGAAAAAGUAGAGAAGUCGGGAAAGCUUCGUCACCAAGAAUGGCCCAAUUACAAAAUAGCUGAGGAAUCGUUACCUGCUCAAAAACCGGCUGUUGGUAAAGCAGUUACACUGAGUGAAGUUGCCAGAGCUAUUUCUCAGAAAUGGCGUGAACAAAAAACUUCGCGAGAAGAGUACAACCAAGCAGUGAUUAGAAGUCAUUUUCUCAAGUCGAAAAUGCACGCCAGUUCGCUUCAAAGAAUGAAACCUUCUGAAUUUGCCCAAAAAUCAAAAGCAUCGACCAAAUUGGAUGCUGAUGAGGAUGUAAUGGCUGUUGCCCAGAAGCCGAUAGUAAUCUACAGAAACAUAUCUGGGGCUACUAGCACAAGCAGUGUUUUACAUGAUCAGAAGAAGACAGUGAUCGAUUUACUCAGUGGACAGACAUCUGUGACUAGCACAGAUCCGAAGCAUUAGGAAGUUCAUCUCCGAAAAAAUUGCUUCGAAAUUAAUCAAUUCAAAACAAGAAAAACGAAAACAGGUUCUAUCGAAUGAGCGUUACCUUGCACUCGAUUCAGAAUUGGCAGGAAAUUUGCGGAAAACAUUGACUGAAACAUAUGCUAUUUGAUUUUGCUAACAAGCGUAAUUUUAAGCCUAUCGUCAAAACUGUUUGCGUAGAAGUUCUGAUCUUAGUUGAAAUAUGUCGAUUAAAUGAAAGAAUUGAAAGUUAAUUUAAAACAGUCAUCAGAUUAGUCUAAUCGGUGCUUAAAUGGCAGACUAAUUUGCUUUGCUUUGGUUUUCUAUCAUUUCAAAAACAUUUUGAAAAAAAAAAAUGGAUGAAAAAUGAUUAGUUGCCAUUUCGCGAUGUAAAAUUGUGUUGUGAAGUCCCAUAAAAUUCAAGUUUAAAAUUAAUUUGAUUUAUUACCGGAAUAGUCCAUCCAUUUAUAGCUGGUCUAAUUUAUACAGUACAUUGUCUGUGUCGUGUUA